AUUUCACCUGCUGCCUACGGCUCUCGACAAUAGGAACGUUGAUAGCCAGAGCAGCAUCUUCGCCUUAUUAGCUUCGACCUUCUUUGUUCUCGAGACUCUCGAUCACUCUUUGUCACUUUCGCUCCCAAUGCCUAGACAGGUCCUCGACAGAGUCUCACCCUAACCUCUCCUUUGUUCUACAUCACCUUCUUUCGAUCACCGAUUUGCCUUCGUGCAGGACACUAGCAUUUCUAAUAUUCACACGCAAAAACUACUCACGUCAUGCGGACAUUGGACCAAAUCGGCCUUAGACACACGAAGGAUUCGGAUUCUCCGAAACACUUCGGGGACGUCAAAUCUCACCAUGUGAACUAUCGGACGCAAACGUUCGACAAAACUCCACACAGUACAACGGCCGAGAUCGAAGAACCGGAAGCAUACUACCGAGACUACAGCCGCGGCGCCAAAGGCGGGCUGACAGUUCCAGAAAAACCCGCCUCCAGCUCUCUGAGAGGGCUAGGAAUAUCCAGGGCAAGGGCCAAUUCGGGGAGCCAACGGUUAUAUUCACGGCGGUUGAAAUCACGGCAAGCAUUGGCUCGAGCGGGAAUUUCGGUAAAGCCCGGUAUCCGAGUCGACACCAGCGUUUCGCGGCAUCGAGCCGUACCUCCCUUACAACUAUAUCCAUCGGAAGAAAAGCCGAAGCGGAAGACGCGGGUGAAGCGACAGGAAAAGCCGCAGAGAUCCUACGACAGCGACCCGUCACCGAACUCGCCGAUUACACCAACAAUUCUGGUUACCCCAGCGAAGGAAGAUGACAGUGCCACAAACCCGCAAUCGACCAUUCGAAGGAGGCCACGUGCAACGUCGAGUAUCUACUCGGUGAACACGGCUGGAUAUCGACCAAAUCGGCAGACCGAGGACAUCCCACCCAUGCCCACAUUCCGACCUGAAGAUUACAUUGCUGACAGUUCCGCGUUUGGGCUCCCGGUCGGUACACCAGGGGGGCCGAAAAGAAAUCCGCGAGACUCAUCAGCCACUGUGUUCGAAGAGGAGUCAGAGGGGAAAACGAGAAGACGCGUAGAGUCAACCGCGACACUGUUUGAGGAGGACGAUACACCUAUCGGACCCAACGCCCAAAGAAACCGACCGACUGCGAAUCUGACUGUCGAUACCACCCUCCUCCCAACGCCACGUAGAUCACGCGGCUGGUGGAACGUCAUCACCACGCCGUUCGAACUCACCCGCUCCGCCAGCGCCCGGUGGCUCGGCACGCCGACAGAAGAUGGGGAGAGCACCCCAAUCGUGCCGGAGAUCGCGGAGAAGUAUAAAGCACACGAUUCAGACUCCGAUACCGCGACCGACAUCGAUUCAAAACGCAGCUCCAUGGACGAGAAGCACGCGACGGAGUUUCUAGGCGCGACGCUGGAUCGGUCGUUGCCACCUACCCCUAUGGACCCGGAUGGAUUCUACGGACGAAACCCUCCGACUAGGGCUAGGAUGCGCGAGAAGGAGAUCAAUACCUCUCGCGCGAGCUACAUCAGCCCGGACGAUCGCGAGGUGCCCAUCAUCCUUGGUCACGACCUCAAAAUCGCAUUCGAGAUAAAGAACUCCCGGGAGAGAGGUGGUAUGGUACCUUCACGCGGUCCGCAACGUGAUAUCGCUUCGCCGGACUCGCAUAGGAGUGAGAUGUCUCCGGUGGUCGGCGUUGCGGCAACAGGGACGGUGGUGGCUCCUGGGACUAUAAAAGCACCUACGCCCCCACCGCCCGUUCGUGCACCCCCAGCACAGUCAAGACCUCAGCCAGAACAGUCGAGCGGCAUAUCAAGUUGCAUGUCGUCUUCCCCACGUCGUCUGCCUUCAUACAUGGGCAGCUCUGGCUCCCGCACCAACCCGCGAGAAGCGCAAGCUUAUCCAACUCAGUAUGUGAUCCCGAUGGAACAGUACCAAGCCUACGUCCGGGAGGCCGAAAGGGAGAGCGGUAGGGUAAAGGAAAAGCCCAAGCGGACUUUCAACUUCACCUUCUUCCCGUGGAAAAAACAGCGAAAGCACGAGACCGUUACGGAGAAGAAGCGGCGGCGAAAGAGAUGCUGCCUCGUCGGCUGCAUUUGCAUCUCGCUCCUCGCCCUCGUCGCCCUGAUCGUCGCGCUCGCCAUGACCUUGACGCGACGCGCCCCGAAAGACAUGCCCGUGCAGUCCCAGUGGCUAAACCUGACCAACUACCCACCCAUCCCCACCGGGGUCAUGACUGUUGCGCGUCCGCGACUGGACUCCAUCGUGAACGGCUGCGUCAACCCUACGACGAUGUGGAGCUGCUCCGUCCCCAAAGAAGAGCAGCCAUCUAUCGCGCCGAACAACCCGGAUGAGCCGAACUUCCGGCUAGAGAUCCGGUUCAAUAACGGGACGGGCCUACCUGGAACGGAUGUCCUUGGGAAGCGCGACGCGUUCACGGACUCUUUGUUCCGUCCGUCGCCGGACCCUCCGAGCCUGGAAGAUCAGGCGUUUCUGGGGAACACGACGGAUAAUAAUACGCUUCCUUUUGAGGGUGAGGAGACGCCGUUCUUCAUCACCUUCCUCCCCGCUAGCGAACUCGCUCCCGACGACCCUGGCCUCGCCAAACGCCAAACCACCGACGAGGACCCCGACUCCUCCACUGAUUCCACCUCCACCUCCACCUCCACCUCCACCUCCACCUCCACCUCCACAUCCAUCUCUAACCUCAACCUCGGCACCCUCAUCCCCCUCCCUUCUAUCCUCCCCAACGGCCUCGCCGCUCCCGCCUCCCUCCACCCCCUUCCCUCCGCCCAACCCCUCCGUCUCUACAACCGCGGCCGUCCCACCGAGCACUACGGCUUCUACACCUACUUCCCGCGCAGCAUCUUCCUCAAGUCCGUCAGCUUCGUCAAUGUCUCCGACCCCGGGCUGGGGGAGAUCGCGGCGGACGAGGAUGGUGGGGCUGCGUUUGAAGGGGCGAGUGCGAGGUGUACAUGGGCGCAGACGAGGUUUUUGGUGCAGAUUUGGACGAGGGGGGAGGGCGCAGUGAAGGUGAUGGAUGCGGAGGGCGGCGACAAGGCGCAAACUUCGACUUCGACAACUUCUUCUUCUUCUUCUUCACGUGCCGACGUCCGCGCCGCCGACUCCUCCGCCAACGCCCUCCUCCGCCCCGGCUCCUUCCCCUACCCCCUCACCAUCACCCUCGAUCGGCACGGCGGCGACCUGCAGAACAAGAUGAUCUACUGCUACCAGGUGGAUCGAUAGGGGGUAUAUAGAGGAGAGAUGAAGGGAAAAUAAAAGAGAGAGGGACGAG